GACUGAAGCAUGAGGAUGUACAGCCACCAGCUCUUCCUAUCACUCAAAACACUUCUAGUUUUACUAGUCGAGUGCGCUCGAACCACUCCUCUUCAGCUGCAUGUCAAGACAGACACAUCACCAGAUCUUCUGUUCUGAGCGACGACACCUGUAAAGAUGUUCAAUCCCUCCACUUAAAACCCAAACAGAACAGCACCUGCUUGUAGAGAAGAUGUCCACAAGCCUGCCUGAAGAGGAUCUGUCAUGUCCAGUGUGCUGCGAGAUCUUCCAGGAUCCGGUGCUCCUGCCUUGCAGCCACAGCUUCUGCAGGAGAUGUUUGGAGCGUUUCUGGAAGAGUGCCUUGCUUCGCAGCUGCCCCGUCUGCAGGAGAAGAGCCUCCAAGAAAAGCCCUCCUUCAAACCGGGCCCUCAAAAACCUGUGCGAAGCCUUUCUGCUGGGAAAAGGCCAGGGGAAUGUAUCUGGAUCCAACCUUCUGUGCUGGAGACACGGGGAGAAGCUCAAGCUCUUCUGUCUGGUGGAUCAGGAGCCCAUUUGUGUGGUUUGCCAAGCCUCAAAAAUGCACAAAGGUCACGACUGCUCUCCCACAGAAGAGGCGGCUCUCGAAUGCAAGGAUAAAAUCUCUUCUACCAUUAUGGUUCUUCAACAAAAGCUGGAAGUAUUCAAUAAAGCAAGACAGUCUUCAGCCUUUACCUUGGAGCACAUUAAAACACAGGCCCAGCGGGUCGAGAGACAAAUGAAGCAAGAGUUUCUCAAGCUUCAUCAGUUUCUUAAUGAGGAGGAAGAGUGCAGGCUAUUAGCAUUGAAGGAGGAGGAAGAGCAGCGGGUCAUGGCUGUGAAGAGCAGAGAUGAAGAAUACACACGGAGGAUUGAAUCUCUAACUGAAUUAAUCAGCACAAUGGAGCAAACACUGAAAGCUGAGGAUUUAACACUGCUGCAGAACUUCAAAGCUACAAUAGAGGGAACAUGGAGCACAUUGCAGGAUCCAGAAUGCAUGUCAGGAUGUUUGGUGGAUGAAUCGAAAUAUCUUGGGAAUCUGAAGUACAAGGUCUGGGAGAAGAUGCUGACAAUUGUUUCUUACAGCCCAUUAAUUCUAGACCCAAACUCAGCUCACCCAUGCUUGACACUAUCAGCUGACUUGACCAGUCUCCACUACAGCACCCCAAACCAAGGUCUCCCCAGUAACCCAGAGCGUUUCCAUAUCAGCGCAGAGGUGCUGGGCUGUACGGGUUUUAACUCAUCCAGCCACAACUGGGAGAUCGAGGUCGGUGACAACGAGGACUGGAUCCUGGGCUUGGCCAGUGAGAGUGUGAAAAGGAAUCAGGAAGUUCCUGCAAGACCAGAGAAUGGCUUCUGGACCAUCUGUUUUCGUGAUGAGCAAUACAGGGCGAUGGCAUCACCUCCAGCUGCUCUACAAGUAGAGAAAAAACUGCAGAGGGUCUUGAUUCAGCUGAACUGGGACAAAGGGGAGGUGGUUUUCUCAAACCCAUCCUAUCAAGAAGUCAUUUACACUUUCAAACAUGCCUUUAAAGAAAAGUUACUGCCGUAUUUCUACACCCAAAGCAAACAUCCUCUGCGAGUACUAGCAAAGCCUGUGUUGCUGUCUAUACAUGAAGGUGUCAAUUAAAGUAGAUAAAUUCUAGUUAUCUAGAGCAGUGGUUCCCAACUCAGGUCCCUUUAACCCUCGAGCACAUAUUGUAUGGCUCCGUCCAAAAACUCACUGAAGAUGACUUGUUGCCCUGCUGCCCUAUCAGGCAGUUACUUGGAGGCAGUGUUUGUACAUGGAGGUUCCUCACAAAACUGAUUUUAAACUUCUGAGAAAGCAUGACAGCUUAAUCAGGUGCAACAAAAUAGAGAACGUUUUAUUAUUAUCUAAUGGGAAUGUUUUCUCACUACAAUACUAACUUCUCAGUAGAAAUGCCAUAAAAAUUGGAAAACAUUGGUCAAAAUUAUUCUAACACAAAAUGACUCCCAAGCCAUCCUUCAACAUGUACUUUUUAGCUCAUCUGGCAGAAAGGAAACAAAGAUCAUUGUGGGAUAUUCAAGACAGUGAAGGAUACAUCUAUGAUCCCUUGAAGUUUUGGUCAGAGUAAGUUCUCAGCAGACAGAAAUAAAAGCUCAGUUGGUAUUCAGAUGUGCCUUGAUGCCGUGAAAUGCAGUAUUCCUUUUCCAAACUUUGAAAGCAGCCUAUCACUCCGUUCCAUUCUGAAGGGCUCAUCCCUAUGCCCUAAUCAAGGGGUGCCCAAACUCGGCCCUGGGGGCCGGUGUCCUGCAAAGUUUAGUCAUAACCUUAAUCAGACACUCCUGGGCUAGCUAAUCAAGCUCUUACUAGGCUUUCUAGAAACAUCCUUGCAGGUGUGUUGAGGCAAGUUGGAGCUAAAACCUACACGACACUGGGCCUCCAAUGCUAAUCUAACACACCUAAACCAGCUAAUCAAGCUCUUACUAGAUAUACUGUACUAGAGAAUUUCUGGCACGUGUGCUGAACCAAGCUUAAGCUAAACUCUGCAGGACACCGGCCCUCCAGGACCAAGUUUGGGUAGCCCUGGGUUUGUGAUUUAUGUUCAUUUAAGCUUUCUUUUAUAUCAGGUUAUCCAACCACUUAAUUUCAUUCUCUACACUUGUAUUACAUAAGGCUUUUCCUACUUAAAACCAUAAACUAGCCUUGGGUUAUUUUUAACCGUUAGAAUCCUGGGUUAUAUUGCUUAAUGUUUCACAUUCACAAUUUACAAUGGUUUACUAUUAAUAUUCCAUAUUCAUACAUUUUUUUCAGACUUUGAUUUCAUAGACGCUGCAGGUUAAUGUAUUUAUUUGCAUAAAUAGAGUGAAAGUGUCAAUGAAUGGAUGCAUGAUGUGAGCUUGUUUAUGUAAAGGCUGUUGUGCAUAGGUCUCAAACUCCAUUACUGGAGGGCUGUAGCUCUGCACAGUUUUGGUCCAAUACUAAUCAAACACAGCCGAUCCAUAAUCAAGGUGUUUAAGGCUGCCAUAGAUUAUUAAGCAGUGUGAGUUGGAGGUGGUUGGAGCUGAACAAUGCAGAGCUGGGCCCUCCAGAAAUUAAGUUUGAAACCAUUGCUGUAAUGUUACAGAUCCUCUAAUUCAUGGGUGUCCAAACUUGGUCCUGGAGGGCCGAUGUCCUGCUGAGUUUAGCUUCAACUUGCUUCAAUGUACCUGCCAGGAAAUUUCUAGUAUAUCUAGAAAGAGCUUGAUUAGCAUGUUUAGGUGUGUUUUAUUAGGGUUGGAGCUAAACUCUCCAUGACACCGGCG